ACCCUAGAAGCUUUGGAGGUUUUGGCCAUGGCGAAGAGAAAAGAGAAGAAAGUCAACGUCUACGGCAAGACGAAGCACUCCCUCGACGCCAACCGCAGCAAUGGGGGGCGUGAUAAGGGCAAUCGUUCCGCCGCCACCGUUCGCCGUCUCAAGAUGUAUAAAGAUCGACCGAAGAGAGAUCGAAAGGGGAGGAUAUUGAAGCAAGACUUACAGUCGAAGGAGCUUCCUAAUACUCGGAUCGAGCCUGAUCGCCGCUGGUUCGGUAAUACACGGGUUGUAAACCAGAAAGAGCUUCAGUUCUUCCGAGAGGAACUGCAGAAGAAACUCUCUAGUAACUACAGUGUCAUUUUAAGAGAGAGAAAACUUCCCCUUUCUCUUCUAAAUGAUCAUCUGGAGAAAGCAAAAGUACAUCUUCUAGGUAACGAGCCUUUCCAAGAUGCAUUUGGACCGAAGAUGAAAAGGAAGCGUCCAAAACUUCUGGCAUGUCAUUAUGAGUCGUUAAUUAAGAAAGCUGAUGGUUCUCAGGAUGCCUUUGAGGAAACACUUUCUACCAAGCCUUCUGGAGAUGGAAAUGAAGAAUAUGGCUUUAGAGAUUUGGCAAGGCAUACUAUGUUCGGUAAGGGGCAGAGCAGGCGUAUUUGGGGUGAACUUUUCAAAGUUGUGGACUCUUCUGAUGUAGUUGUCCAGGUGCUAGAUGCUAGGGAUCCACAAGGGACAAGAUGCCGCCAUUUAGAAAAGCAUCUGAAGGAGCACUGCAAGCACAAAUACAUGGUUCUUUUAAUGAAUAAGUGUGAUUUGGUUCCUGCAUGGUCUACAAAAGGAUGGUUGCGUCUGCUAUCUAUGGAAUAUCCUACCCUAGCUUUUAAUGCAAGCAACAAUAGAUCUUUUGGCAAGGGAUCACUUCUUGCAGUGCUGAGGCAGUUUUCUCGCUUAAAGAGUGACAAGCAAGCUGUAUCUGUAGGAUUUGUUGGGUAUCCCAAUGUCGGAAAGUCAUCUGUCAUAAAUGCCCUACGCAUGGAGAACGUCUGCAAAGUGGCUCCUAUUCCUGGGGAGACCAAGGUGUGGCAAUACGUUACUCUUUCCAAACGGAUUUUUCUGAUAGACUGCCCCGGAGUUGUUUACCAAAAUAAAGACUCGGAAACAGAUAUUGUCCUCAAGGGUGUGGUGCGUGUUGAGAAAUUGGAAGAUGCUUCAGAACACAUAGCGGAAGUCCUUAGGCGUGUAAAGCGGGAGCAUUUGCUGAGAGCGUAUAAGAUAAAUGAUUGGGGGGAUGGAGAAGACUUUCUUCUGCAGUUGUGCAGACAGACAGGGAAGCUAUUAAAGGGAGGUGAGCCUGAUCUGAUGACCGCUGCCAAGAUGGUUCUUCAUGAUUGGCAACGAGGUAAGAUACCCUUCUUUGUGCCGCCACCUAAGCAAGAAGAUGACAGCGUACACAAGAAAACUGUAUCUUCGGCCAUGUGUGAGAAACCCAUAAUCAGCACGGAUCCUGAAGCAGAAGCUAUAAAGGCAAUUGCCGGUAUUAUUUCAUGUCAACAAGUAAUGCAUGUUCCUGCACGAGAGGACUUCUUUAGUGAUGUUGGCGAGCCUGAAAUUUUGGAUGCUGAAUGAAUUGUUUCUUACCUUUGUGGUCUAGUUCCUGUAGAAUGUACAAAGAAGAGUGAUAGUUUGAGAAAAUGGGUUUUCCUUUGA